CUCAAACAGGCCUCUAGACAAUGGAACCAAGAGUUCACCACCUUGCCUUUUGCCUUUCCUCGUUCGACAGGUUUCUCAGCUUCCUUUCUAGUGAGUUCUUUCUUUUUAGUUCUUCCAAGGGUACUCGAUUGAUGAGCCAGCCCUCUACACUACGUUAUUAUUGGUAUGGAAGUUUAUCGGCAGGGUCGCACUGUUAUCCUUCGUCAGCAGAAAAAGAUGCCCUAGAUCUCUUGCGUCGUGCAGACAUGCUUGAUUCUCGUCCUUUGGACACUCCUCUAUUUAAAUGUGAGGAAAAAGACUUUCAUGCUUGCUUUAUGGUCUGAAUUCAACGAAUCAGAAAGAUUCUAUUUCUGAGCUUGAAGCUUUAGGUCGGUGCAUAUCCGAAAGGCCUCGAAAAUUUUGAGACAGGCAAAGGCAAGCCGUCAUAUUGCCUAAGAUCGAGGGGAAUAAUAAUACCACAAAUCACCAUUAUAUAUUACUGUGAGUGUGUAUUUGGAGAUCAGAUUGGGUUAACCCCAUUAUUCAAAAUCAGUGACUUCACAAGUUGAGCAGCCUCAAGAUAACCCAACAGUGUCGAUGCCGCCAGACAAACCCACAUACAUCAAGCAAAUCACUCGAUUAGAGUCUUGUACAGAUUGCUUCAAUUGCAUCGACGAGGCAUUUUUGUACCGGGCAUUUCAAAAUUCACUCGACUUUCCCAAUUGGCAGCUUCUAAAUUAUUUCUAAGUUUUUGUAGGAGGAAAAAAGAGACAUCAAAGAUGCCCCGUUCUUGAAUUCUCCAGUUUACCGAGGAUCAUCUUCAGGAAGAACCAUGACACUGCCACUUUUACAAGCAAGUAUCUGGUUCAUUUCAAAUCACUGGUUGGAACCAUUUCGACUUCCCCUUGCUCAGUAGAAAACACGAAGAUUACACAUUCUUCGAGUCAUUUUGGGCGUGUAAACAAGCUAUAUCCUUAUUUGGAGAAAUAUGUCCCCAAUUUGUCAUGUGGAACUAACCUUGUCAAUUCCUUGUGUAUAAGAAGGCCAUAUCUUUUGGGACCUCAUAGUGUGACCAUGGUAAGGGGAUAUGCUAGACACGCAACUAUUGCACCAGUAGAUCUAAAUACAGAUGGAGACGUUAUCAGAUUUAACAUCGGGAAUCAGAGUCCCGAAGGAGCACCUUCAAGGAAAGUGAAAGUAGACAAAAGAAAAUUCGAAUUGUCGAGAAAGGCAAAACUUAAUGAACUUAGGUUUUAUCGACUGAAAGCGAAGAAGAAAAUGAAUUCUCCCAAUCCUGAAGUUAGAAUAAGAUACAAGCUUGAAAAGGCAAAGAGAAAAGAAGCAUGGUUGAUUGAGAAACUGAGAAAAUAUGAGCUGCUCAAAGCACCACCUGAGACCUACGAUCCCGAAAUAUUGACUGAGGAGGAAAAGUUUUACCUCAAGCGAACGGGAGAGAGAAAGAAACACUAAGUUCCAAUCGGUAGACGAGGUGUCUUUGGAGGUGUUGUUCUUAAUAUGCAUCUCCAUUGGAAGAAUCAUGAGACGAUGAAAGUCGUCUGCAGACCAUGCAAGCCUGGGGAAGUGCAUCAAUACGCAGAGGAACUUGCUAGGUUAAGCAAAGGCAUCGUUAUCGACAUAAAGCCAAAUAAUGUGAUAAUAUUCUACAGGGGUAAAAAUUAUGUCCAAGCGGACGUCAUAUCGCCUACAAAUACUCUGUCAAAAGCAAAGGCUAUGGAGAAAUAUAGACAUGAGCAGUCACUGGAGCAUACAAGCCAGUUCAUUGAGAAGUUGGAGAAUGAACUGGAAGAAUAUCAUGACCAUCUUGCUCGGUAUGAGAAAGAGAAAAGAUUCUGCACUAGGGAGGAAGGAUUGGAGUUUGGUCCUUUAUACCAGCAACGGCCAUACCCAUCACCGGGGGCAGUAUUACAUAAAAAUGCCGAAAUUUCCAUAGAAAAUAGAAACACGGAGUUAUGCUCGGAUCUCCAUGAGAGGCAAUGGGAAAUGAUGGCCUUGGAAAAAAUUGGUGGCUUUAAGAAAUCGUGGACCGACUUAACCAGUUUGAACCACUGGGUGGUCAGAGAUUAUUACAGACUCGUAAAAUCAGUAAAUGAGUUGGAGCCAUACAUUCAAAAUCUUUCUGAUGAACAGUUGAGCUCGAGGACUGUUGUAUUUCGCCAGCGGUUGGAACAGGGCGAGACUCUAGCUGAUAUUCAAGCUGGUGUGUUUAUAACAUUACUGGAUUCAGACGAGUUCUGGUCAAAGACUUUCGAGGCUUUUGCUGUCGUUCGCGAAGCUGCUAGAAGGAAGCUUGGAAUGCGUCACUUUGAUGUUCAGAUUAUUGGCGGUGCUGUGCUUCAUGAUGGGUCAAUCGCAGAAAUGAAAACUGGAGAAGGGAAAACCUUAGUGUCGACUUUAGCAGCUUAUCUCAAUGCUCUGAGUGGAGAAGGUGUUCAUGGCUACCCUUGUGCUGUAGUUAGUUUUAUUUUUGAUACUCUACAAUUCUAUCACACAAUUGACUCUGUCAGGGGCCCCAAACUCAAACAUAUUUUACUCCCUGUGGCAGUUGUUACUGUAAAUGAUUACCUUGCUCGGCGUGAUGCUGAGUGGAUGGGUCGUGUGCAUCGAUUCUUAGGUCUCUCAGUUGGACUUAUCCAAGGUGGAAUGACACCUGAGAAGCGAAGAUUGAACUAUAGAUGUGACAUUACGUACACCAAUAAUUCUGAACUUGGCUUUGAUUAUUUGCGAGAUAACAUUUGUGGAAGCAGAGAACAACUUGUGAUGAGGUCAAAACCCUUCCAUUUUGCGAUUGUCGAUGAAGUAGAUUCAGUUCUCAUUGAUGAAGGACGAAAUCCGUUGUUAAUAAGCGAUUCGGCAACUAAAGAUGCUGCACGGUAUCCAGUUGCCGCUAAAGUAGCUGAGUUGCUGAUACAAGGGCUUCAUUACAAGGUGGAGCUGAAAGAUAAUUCAGUGGAACUUACGGAGGAAGGUAUACUACUGGCUGAGAUGGCCUUAGAAACGAAUGACUUGUGGGAUGAGAAUGAUCCUUGGGCUAGGUUUGUUUUAAAUGCAAUAAAAGCUAAAGAAUUUUACCGGCGGGAUGUACAGUACAUGAUCCGAAAUGAUAAGGCUCUCAUAAUCAAUGAGUUGACUGGUAGAGUAGAAGAAAAAAGGCGAUGGUCUGAGGGAAUCCAUCAGGCGGUGGAGGCCAAAGAAGGACUGAAAAUUCAGGCUGAUAGUGUUGUCAUUGCCCAAAUUACCUACCAAUCACUGUUCAAACUAUAUCCAAAGCUUUCAGGGAUGACUGGGACUGCAAAGACGGAGGAGAAGGAAUUUCUGAAGAUGUUUAAGCUGCCAGUUAUUGAAGUGCCCACGAAUAUGCCUAAUAUUCGUCAAGAUUUUCUCUUGCAAGCAUUUGCAACUGCUCGAGGGAAAUGGGAAUAUGCUUGUGCAGAAAUUCAGUACAUGUUUCGCAUAGGCCGGCCUGUAUUGGUUGGGACAACUAGUGUUGAACACUCCGAAUACCUGUCUGCUUUAUUGAGGGAGAGAAAUAUACCCCACAAUGUCCUUAAUGCUCGCCCCAAGUAUGUCGCCAGAGAAGCCGAUAUUGUUGCCCAGGCAGGUCGAAAGUAUGCAAUUACUCUAUCCACAAAUAUGGCCGGCAGGGGCACUGAUAUUAUUUUAGGAGGAAAUCCAAAGAUGCUUGCUAAAGAGAUUUUGGAGGACAAUUUGCUUUCAUCCCUCACAAAAAAUGUUCCUGAUCCCGAAGUUGAUUCUGGGACAUCUUCAGAUAAGGUUUUAUCUAAGGUUAAUGUUGGACCAUCAUCAGCAGGCUUGCUUGCUAAGACUGCACUUAUGUCAAAAUAUGUAUGUAAAAGUAAGGGAAAAAAGUGGACUUGCGGUGAGGCAAGAAAAUUGAUAUCGGAGUCUAUUGAGCUCAGCCAGUCAAUGGAAACCUCAGAAUUAUGGAAGCUCGUUAAUGAGCAGACAGAGAUGUACCCUUUAGGCCCCAGUAUAGCUCUUGCUUAUCUAUCGGUUCUAAAGGAUUGUGAAUCUCACUGUUUGAACGAAGGAUUAGAAGUUAAGAGGCUCGGAGGUCUUCAUGUGAUCGGCACAUCUCUACACGAGUCUAGGAGGAUUGAUAACCAGCUACGAGGCAGAGCAGGAAGACAAGGUGAUCCUGGUUCGACACGGUUUAUGGUGAGCUUGCAGGAUGAGAUGUUUCAGAAGUUCAAUUUUGACACGGAAUGGGCUGUAAACCUUAUAUCUAGAAUGACAAAUAACGAGGAUAUCCCGAUAGAAGGUCAGUCUGUUGUGAAACAGCUAUUGGGCUUGCAAAUUAAUGCUGAAAAAUACUUCUUCGGUAUAAGAAAGAGUCUCGUUGAGUUUGAUGAAGUAUUAGAGGUGCAAAGAAAGCAUGUCUAUGAUCUUCGACAAUUAAUUUUAACAGGCGAUCCUGAGAGUUGCUCGCAGCACAUUUAUCGGUACAUGCAAGCAGUGGUAACUGAAAUAGUUCUCAAGAAUGCAGAUCCAGCAAAGGUGCAUCCAAGCAGCUGGAAUUUGGUAAAGUUAUUGAAAGAAUUUGUUGGAAUUUCUGGUAACGCGUUAAAAGACUCUUUUGCAGGGGUUACUGAAGAACAACUUCUGCAAUCACUCACUCGAGUCCAUAGCUUAAAGUCUGUAGACAUUGACAAUUUUCACCUCCCAACUUUGCCUAAACCUCCGAAUUCCUUUCGAGGCAUCCGGAUGAAGACCUUAUCAUUCAAGCGAUGGUUAACAAUAUGUUCUGAUGAUUCAAUAAAAGAAGGGAGCUUCAGACAGACUGUUAAUCUUCUUUGCAAGUACCUUGGAGAUUUUUUGAUAGCUUCAUAUCUUGAUGUUGUUCAAGAAUCGGGCUAUGACAGUGUGUACAUUAGGGAAAUCGAGGUGAAUGUACGAAGCUUUGGGCAUAGGAAUCCGCUAGAGGAAUAUAAAAUUGAUGGUUGUCGAUUUUUCAUUUCUAUGUUGAGUGCCACACGUCGGGUGACUGUGGAGUCACUAUUACGGCACUGGACUUCCCCUAUGGAGAUUCCCGAACUUUAAGUAUAAUGAUACAAGCGUACCAUUUUUCAAGCUAAAGGUACGACUUACGAGUAGCUUCUGACUUAUUCUUGUGUUGCUUAGUUUUGAACGACGUAAUUUUUUGGAAAAAAAGGAUUGAAAGCUAGACAUUUAGCUGCAAAAGAAAAAUAAAAGCUUUUUUUGAAAGGUAAUUAAUUUAAUUCCAAAACGAAAGAGUAUAUAAAAAAAGAGUUCGACUUAAAUUUAUCAGAAGCUGUUUCGAAAAUAGAAAAUGAAAAUGAAGUAUAACCGCAAAUGUUUAAUGGCUGAGGUUAAAUUUUUAGAAGUAAAAUUUUUGGUAUUCUGGUAACUAGCACUAUUCAUAGUCGUAUAAUUGCAUAACUAUCCAUAAGCUUUAGUCUAUCUUACAUGAAAUUCCAGUCAUCGUUUAAAAUUUACAAAUAACACGGUAACUACAUUGCCUCCUUAUCACAUGUCAUGGAAUUAUUUUAAACUUUUGAGGAUAACCCUUUUAUCUCUUUUUUUUUUAACAUGGACUAUUACUUGUAUUGAGAGUGGUGUACUUUCAUAGUUCCAUUGUCCUUCGAAAAACAUUGACUCAAGAAAUUUUUGACCGUUGUAUUAGACAGGAAUUGUUAGCUGAUUGCUACAAUCUAAGUCAAGAUACAAAAA